AUGUUCCUUUUUCUACUGCUUUUUCUCUCCACCAUUUUUCUCUCCUCCUUUUAUCUCUACUCAUCAUUUUUCUUUACACCUUUUUACGCUCUCCCUUUUUUCUCUACUCUUUUUCUCUCCUUUAUUCUCUCCUCCUUUUUCUUUUUCUCUUCUUUUUUCGCCCCUCCAUUUUUUCCACUGCUUUUUUUGCUUUUUACUCCCAAUUUCUUUACUCCUAUUUUCUCUACUCAUUUUUUUCUCUACUCCUUUUUUCUACUCUUUUUUCUCUACUCCUUUUUUCACCCCUCUUUUUUCCUCUAUUCAUUUUUCUCUUCUUUUUUCGCCCCUCUUUUUCUUCUACUCCCUUUUUUUGUUUACUCCCAUCUUCUCUACUCCUUUUUAUUUCUUUUCUCCUAUUUUCUCUAUUUUUUUUCGAUGCAAUUGUUUAUAAACAAAUCUUUUUAUUUCAUAUCUAUCUAUCUAUCUAUCUAUCUAUCUAUCUAUCUAUCUAUCUAUCUAUCUAUCUCAGUCUCUUCACAACAUCCUCAAUCUAUCUAUCUAUCUAUCUAUCUAUCUAUCUAUCUAUCUAUCUAUCUAUCUAUCUAUAUUUGCACAUAUGAUAUGUUACAUAAAAAGCGUCUUUUCUUUGCUUUUCUUUCUUUCUUUCUUUCUUUCUUUCUUUCUUUCUAUCUAUCUAUCUAUCUUAGUAUGUUAAUAACCAUCUAUCUGUCUGUCUGUCAGAUUUUUUGUAUAUCUAUCUAUCUAUCUAUCUAUCUAUCUAUCUAUCUAUCUAUCUUAGUUUACUUCCUCCCAACAUCCCGUCUUUCUUCUUCUUGCCUCCACAGACCGCUCACCACCAUCCACACAAGCUACCUUUCCCGAAGGGUUGAAGCCUAA